GACGGCCAGAUCGGCACGGCCCGGUUCUACACCGUGAAGCCCAGCGAGCUGAAGGUGCACAAAUUGCUCGGCAGCGGGGCGCAGGCCGACGUUUUCAAAGCGACGUGGACGCGGAGCUUCGGGUCCACCUCCAGCUCGAUCGUAGUCGCCGUGAAGCGCAUGCACGCCGACAUG